AUGAAUGAAGAAAAUGAUGAUCAUAAUGAUGAAUUUGAUGAUAUAAAUGCAGAAAAUAAUAAUCAUGAUGAUGAAUUUGAUGAUAUAGAUGAAGAAAAUGACAAUUAUAAUAAAGAAUUUGUCAAUAUGGAUGAUAUAAAUGAUGAUGAAAUACAAUUCAGCAAUAGUGAUAAAUGUAAUAAUGAUGAUCAGUUAGAAAUAUUAGAAAUGAAGAAGAAGAGAAUAAGAAAACUACUUCAAAUUAAAGAUAAAUAUAAUAUUUCAGUAGCUGCAUUCAAUAAAAUUCUUAAAGUCUUAGAUAUUUUAACAUAA